AUGGAAAACAACUCAUUCGAAAUUAGCUCUCAACUAAUCCUGGAGUCAUUCUUUAUUCCACCUGGAGGAAAGUAUUUAAUAUUUUUGUUUGGUCUAGUCAUUUACUUGUUUGGUAUGUUCUGCAAUCUGACUCUGAUGUCUUUGAUUAUUCUGAAGAAGAACCUUCACAAGCCCAUGUAUUUUAUCCUGAUUAGUCUACCCCUAAAUGAUCUAAUAGGAAUAACCACUAUGCUACCAAAAAUACUUUCAGAUAUUGUUACAGAGACUCAUGAAGUUUCUUAUCCUCUCUGUGUUCUACAAGCUUUCCUUCUGCACAUGUGUGCCGGUGGAAUUCUGUUUGUUCUUGCGGCAAUGUCCUUUGAUCGUUACAUUGCCAUCUGUAUGCCACUACGCUACAGCUCUGUCAUGACCCCAAGAAUGGUUGCUCUUAUUAUUUGCCUGGUUUGGGGUUUUGACUUUGUCUUUAUCCUAUCACUAUUUUCUCUUCAGUCAAAGCUCCCCAGAUGCAGAUCUGUUAUACUGAACGUAUUUUGUGACAACCCGUCUCUCCUGAAGCUCACGUGCGGAAACACAACUGUCAAUAACAUAGUUGGGCUGUUUAACACGGCCUUCAUACAAGUUCUAAGUAUGUCUAUUCAGGCAUAUUCCUACUUUAAAAUUCUGAUCGCAUGUUUGAGUAGGAAGCAAUCUGACACAAAGGCGAAAGCAGUGAACACAUGUGUUGCACAGUUGGUUAUUCUUGUCAUAUUUGAGGUUGCAGGGACUUUCACAGUUUUAUCACAUAGGUUCAAAAACAUUUCCUUGGAUUUACAAAAGGUAAUGGGGAUGCUAAUGUUUAUUUUACCUCCACUAAUUAAUCCUAUUGUGUAUGGCCUGUAUACCAGUGAAAUACGCAUAACAUUCCUGAGCAUCUUCAAGAGCAGAUUAUCCUUCUGAAUUUCUCUCAGAUCACAGUAUACAUCUAUUCAUUUCUUAAUUUUGUAUACAGCCACCAUGAAAACAAGGCAGAAAUCUAAUCUUGUUAAAAAAUGGAAGUCAUGACAUGUAAAUGUUCUUGAACAACAAUUUCCUCUUGUCCCAUGUGUUUUUAUUAUUGUGUAUGAAAAGGCUGUUUUAAUUUCACUAUUUUUUUAUUCUUUUAUUUUUAUUUUUUAUUUUUACUUGAUGUGUAUAGUAAUAUAAAUAAUUUUUGUCCCUAAUUUAACAUGUCAGACGGAAAUUAGUACAUGUCAAACACCUAAAAUGGACAAAACCAAAUAUAAUCUUUAAUCUUGCUUGAACUGUGUUUUGUUUUCUAUAUACUGUAAAAAAAAACUGGAUUUUAAACAAAACAAUGUAAAUAAAC